CCCGCUUUUGUGUCUCGCGUCUCCUCCUCAUGCUGCGUCCGGCCACCUCCUGCGGCGGCCGCUGCUGAGGCGCUCGCUCCGGCAGAGGGAGGAAGGGACGGCGGCGGCGGGGGCAGCCGCGGCGCGGGGUCCAGGCGGGACUAUGGGAAACGGGAUGUGCUCCCGAAAGCAAAAGCGGAUUUUCCAGACGCUGCUGCUGCUGACCGUGGUGUUCGGCUUUCUCUAUGGCGCGAUGCUCUACUACGAGCUGCAGACGCAGCUGCGGAAAGCCGAGGCGGUGGCGCUCAAGUACCAGCAGCACCAGGAGUCCCUUUCCGCCCAGUUACAAGUUGUGUAUGAACACAGAUCAAGAUUAGAGAAGUCCUUGCAAAAGGAAAGACUUGAACAUAAGAAAGCAAAGGAAGAUUUUCUUGUUUAUAAGUUAGAAGCACAAGAAACACUAAAUAAAGGAAGGCAAGAUUCCAAUAGUAGAUACAGUGCAUUGAAUGUGCAACAUCAGAUGUUAAAAAGUCAGCACGAGGAGCUGAAGAAACAGCACAGCGACUUGGAGGAGGAACAUCGCAAACAAGGAGAAGACUUCAGCAGGACAUUUAACGACCAUAAGCAGAAGUACCUGCAGCUACAGCAAGAGAAGGAACAAGAACUUUCCAAGCUAAAAGAAACCGUGUACAAUUUGAGAGAAGAGAAUAGACAACUAAGGAAGGCACACCAGGACAUGCACACCCAGCUCCAGGACGUCAAGCAACAGCAUAAGAAUUUACUCUCCGAGCAUGAACAACUUGUAGUGACUUUGGAAGACCACAAGAGUGCGCUAGCCGCUGCACAGACUCAAGUUGCGGAAUAUAAACAGUUGAAAGAUACUCUGAAUAGGAUUCCAAGCCUUCGAAAGCCAGAACGAGCAGAGCAGCAGAACGUUACCCAGGUGACACAUUCUCCGAGACGUGACCACACAGCGAGGGAGGACUUGGCUGGAGAGCCACGGGAGGUGUCCCCGAGCAGUGAUGGGCGGCAGACGCACGAAGCGGUUCCUGGAAGAACGGAAGAAACAAAACCGGACCCUCCCACCCAGGAGGAGCCGAGGCAGCACGGAGCCGACGCCAGAGAGCCCGGGGGCCGGCAGGUGGAGGAGGAGCACCGGAAGGCUCUGGAGGAGGAGGCAAUGGAGCAGGUCGGGCAGGCCGAGCGGCUGGAGCAACAGGAUCGGGAGUGGAAGGACCAGCGUGAACCGCGGGAAGAAGCCGACCUUCUGGGCGGGCAUGCUCCCGCCGCCGGUGUAUAUCCUUCAACCAAGCCAGUCACCAAGUUCCGCUCGGCGUACGAGGAGCAGCUGGAACAGCAGAGAGUGGCCGCGCGGCGGACGGAGGAGGCCCGGCAGUUGAGGGAACGCCAGGCGGCUCUGCACCAGCAGAGGCUGCAGGGACACUCGUGGAGGCAGCGGCAGCGGCAGCAGCAGCUUCUCACCAGAGAGGGCGCCCGGCAGAGGCAGGCCAGCCCCGAGGAGGGGCGGCCGCAGCCCCCAGAGCAGCUCCAGCAGCAUGCUCCUUAUGAUGCUAUGGAUCGUGACAUUGUUCAGGGAGCCGAGGACCAAGGCAUCCAAGAAGAGGAAGGAGGUGCCUACGAGAGAGACAACCAGCACCAAGACGAGGCAGAAGACGACCCAGAGAAUGGACGUGAGCCCCAAGAUCAGGGGCCCCAGGAGACCGAUCCGGAAUCUGAGGCAGAUAGGGCAGCUGUAGAGGAUAUAAACCCAGCAGAUGACCCUAAUAAUCAAGGCGAAGACGAGUUUGAGGAAGCCGAGCAAGUGAGAGAAGAAAAUUUGCCAGAUGAAAAUGAAGAGCCCAAACAGAGUAAUCAAAAGCAAGAGAACACAGAAAUGGAGGAACAUUUGGUGAUGGCAGGAAACCCGGACCAGCAGGAGGAUAAUGUUGACGAGCAGUACCAGGAAGAGGGAGAGGAGGAGGUUCAGGAAGAUUUGACUGAAGAGAAAAAAAGGGAAUUGGAACAUAAUGCUGAAGAGACGUAUGGUGAAAAUGAGGAAAACGGCGAUGAAAAAAACCAUGAUGGCGAAGAACAAGCAGUUCGAGAUGACAACCGCCCCAAAGGCCGAGAGGAACCCUAUGAGGAGGAGGAAGAAGAGGAAGAAGACGGCGCCGCGGCUGCGGAGAAGUCCCAGCGCCGAGCGGAGAUGUAGGGGGCCCGGCCGCGGACGGGGCUCAGCCAUCGGCCUUUUCACGCUGCUCAGAAAUCAGUCUGCCUACUGAACUCUAGGAUAUUUAAUUACAAAAAUUAGGAACUUAGACCUUUUUUUAACUUUUGUAUUAGAAAUGCUCAUACAUUUAUAUGAAUAUAUUUUGAUAACCUAGGUUAGAGCUUCUUUUAUAUUCAAGCUGAACACAAGCAAGAAGAAAAACAAUAAAGCAAACCUUAGCCGUUGAAUCUCGUUUUUCAUAGAUGAUGUGAUGUUGGAAAGGGCACCGAUUUUGUAUAUUUCCGCUUGUUACUUUUCUAUCUUCUUGUUUCCAGGUGUUCCGUUGUUUGCCUUUAAUAAAAUACGGGAUUUCAAAUAGGGAAUACUGCAAAAUGCUGUGUAGCCUUUAAGGAGAAUGGCCAGUUUAUUAACUGCAGCCUUUCUGAGGUUCUUGUGUAUAGUUCUGACGGAAUUUUCACCCCUCUGUAUGCCUCUGGAAUAAGAUCCACAUACAGACAUACAAUUGGAAAGGCAUUUUGGUUAUAAAGACAUUUUUUUUUUCAGACUUUUCAUAUCAGUUAGAAAAAUGUUUGGCUUUACUUCAAAUCACUGCUGUUCUCGAAAGGAAUUAGAUUUUAAAAUGAGAUGGUACUAAAACUCCUGCCUCAGUAUUCUGGACUUUGAUAUUCCGGUAUUCAAACAAGGUAGGACGCAUCAGUGUAUUAACCUUCUUGAAAGACUGACACCUUGUUUAAUAACUAAUUUAGUGUGUGUGGGUGGUAUUUUCUAUGAGCACCCAUUCAAUUUUUUUUUCUGAAAUCGUCUAGUGAUAUCCUUGUUUCAAUAUCUAGUUCUCUACAGUAAUAUAUAUUUCCCCCAUAAACUGUGUUCCUCAGUAUGCAAUCACUUUGAUGACAAGUAUGAAUAUGAAGGCAUUCCAGAUUAUACAAUUGAAUAGGGUUAAUUUCGGUGAUAUGAUAGACCCUCAUGACUUUUCUGUGUUAUGCCCGUAUAUGGCAUUUUAAUAACUACAAAAGUGCCCUAAAAUAAAAGAAUUAAAAAUCAAAAAUUUCUUUUGGGAUCGAGACAUAUUUGUCUCUCUACAUAAAGAUUUUUAAAUAUAUAGAAUUAAGUAAUAUAAUUCAUAUGUGUGUGGUUUUAUAAUACUCUCAAAUUAAUAAAGACAUUUAAUUUCUACCAUUUUUGUAUGAAUGUAAUGUUAGUUUUUAAUAACCACACUCCUCAUGUAAGAUUUUGAUUAUCCCACUGGAGUGAUUGUGUAUGUAUGCAUAGGAAUGUUUUGUUCAAAUAUAUUUUGGAUUUUCAAUAAUCAUAAAUCAAAUUUUACUUUUAUGUAUAAAAACCCUUUAUGUAAUGUAAAAUGUAUAAUAUUGUACAUAAUAUUCAGAAUACAAUUAUUUUGGUAAAUUAGUUUGUAUUUUUAAUGUCCCAGUUGCGGUAUUUAAUUAUUUGAACCAUAUUGAAACUUGGUAAUAGUCAAUAAAGCUAUAAAAAGCAAGUGGUAAAUCUUUUAAA